GUGUUGGCUGUAAGGUAUGCAACACUCGAGCUCUCACCAGAGAGAAGAGGGAAAAGCCACCCACAAGUCGUCGUGUCUGCUGAGUGCUGGCCGCUUUACGGAGCACGCUUUUGUCCGCGUUGAGCCUGUGUCGUCAUGGCCGUAUGGGGCAGGAGCCCGUUGCUGGUGGCGAUCCCUCUGUGGAUGAGCAUUGGGAGAGCUGAGGCUGGUCUUGCAGAGCCGCAGAUCUGUUACGUUCUGGAUGGCAUCCUGUUUUUGUACGGCAUCAUCCUGACGGCUCUCUACUGCAGAAUCAAGGUCAUCAAUGCAAGAGCUAACACUGAGAACGCAAAGGGCAAGCAGAACGCUGAAGAGGGCAUCUAUACGGGCCUGACUCCUCACGCCCAGGACACAUACGAAACCAUCGCAUGAAGAAGUGACACCAUGAGCCAAAGUCCACACACAGAUAUUUUCCUUUAAAUAAUCUGUUAAUGUAUGUAACAUAGCUAAUCUGCUUAAAUUUUAAGAGAAUGUGAAAUAGCCAGUGCUAAUUUCCUGUUUGCUUUUGUAGCUUGUUUUGGGGGAAGUUAAGAAAGUCCAAAACAGAGAAGUUGAGCUCAAAGAUGAGCAGCUUCACAAAUGCUCACUCCUGAUGUUCUAAGUUAUUUUUGUAAAGUAAAAAAAAAAAAGAAAAAAGUUAUACACUGUACACUGUCCAGCUAGCUGCCUCUUUUUUUCAAAGUUGUCUUUUUAUAAAACUGCAAAAGAAAGGUUUUUUGCAAAAUUAAAGAUGGUGCAUAUAGAUAAAGCUAUGUGUAAUCCUCAGAGACACCAAGCAGUGUUUCCUGCGCGCCACAGGAUGGCAGUGACAGUGUGUCAAAACACAGACACACGUCUCUCCCAGCAGAGAGAGCCACCCCCCCCCCCAAAAGAAACAACUAACACUGCUAUAAAGAUUUGUAUGUAACCUGCUGCCUGUCUGACGCAUAGAGCUAUUAAACAAAACCCAUUAAAGUUUGAAGUUGCUUAUUAAA